AUUGUUCAUUAUCAACUUGCAACUGAGUGAAAACAACAACAAAAACUUCCUUAGUGACAGCCAAUUGGUCAUUUUCUUUUUAAAUUAAAAAUAUCUUGUGAUCUGUUUCUGUUCACUGAAUCCCCAAAAUAAAAAAAAAUUAAUUUUGCAGGCCCUCUUUAAUCGAGCCUGUUCAUGGACAGCUUUGUGAAGUGCAAUCUAUUGUCCUACCCCUUAGCAUUGGUUUGUCAGGACAUACAGGAGCUGGCCAGGCGCUUUGGUGUAGAUAUGGAGCAGUGCCGCAGCCACUGGCACCAGGUACGUGCCAGUCUAGAGGGGACUGAUCAGUCAGCUGACCAGACCAUGACCUGGAUUACUGGCAACCUUUCUACCAGUAAUUCAGCUCUUUACAGAAUUGCUGCUGUGGGUCUCCUCCUCCCAACCUCUACUGCAGAUUGUGAGCAAGGAUUCAGCUGCCUGAAGAGAGUUAAGACUGAAAACAGGAAUUGUCUCUCUGUUAAAGUUCUAAACUAUCUUCUUGCCGUCUCCCUUCAAGGACCCCCAUUAGAAUCUUUCAACUUUGAGAAGGCAGUCAAGGCAUGGAAUGACAACAAACCUAGAAGACAGGCCCACUUUUAAUGAUGUUAAUGAAAAAAAACAACAACUGAAAUAUACUCAUUUAAAUGGGACACACACAUGCAUAUAAAUGUUGAUUAUAUGUUGUGAACUUGUGUUUAUAUAUAAUUGUUUAUUUAUUUGAAUUGUUGGAAAUGGAAAAAGCAAAUAAUAAAAAUUAAGAAAAUGUUUAUCAAGUGAAAAGCUUUCAUAAUUUGUUUUAAAACAGCCCACAGCAGUAUCUUGACACCUAAAAUGGCAAAAAUUUUCGACACGCGGUACGGGGGUCAAGACCCCCUCCCACACCCACCCCCGUCUAAUUCCAAAAAUGUAGCGCUUAAAAAAA